AUGAAAGAUCUAUAUUUAGAUCUUAGGAAAAGAGAGAAUGAAUGUAAAGAAAAUGGAGAAAAAAGAAAUAAUGUAAAUUCAUUUAAUAAAAUCAUUAAGCUAAGAGUAACUGAUGAUAUUGAAUAUAGUGAAUUAUUAUUUUGGAAGAUAUUUAGAAAUAGUGAUCAAUAA